UUAUUGGAUCACACAAAGUAAGAGCUUCGUCCCAUUGCAAAACAGCACCAUGUUGGAAAAUUGUUCCACCCAAUGGUCUUCAACCGACCUAAAAUUUCAACCUCCUCGAGCUAUACAAAAUAAAACCCAAAAUUUCUGUAAAUUGGAGGCGUAAACUUUCAAUUUAACCCAAUUCUCUUCCCUCUUUCUCUCUCUCUCUAACACACACACACACCUAGAACUUGCAUACAAAACACUAGGCAAAACAGACCCUUCCAACUGAAGGAAAUCUUUCUCUAAAUCCGAGUCACAUAACGGUCUCGAGAAUUCCGAGGUUCUAAGCAAGCUCUAAAACCCUAGUCGCUGAUAUGUUCUUUUCUCUCCUUAACUCUUGCCUAACAAUAACAAUCCCCCACUUUAAUCUCCUAUUUUAGGUCAGAUUUCAACUUCUCUGAAUCUGAUUUACAUGUAUAUACCCUGAUUUUGACGUUCGCUCUUAUUUCUAUACUGGUGAAAAGUCCAUUCUUCUUCGUGGAUUUCAAACUAGAUAUCAGAGUUUCCAUGACUGCUCUGUCUCUUUCGUCCGCUUUGCUUGAAGAUGAAAAUAGUAGGUUAAUGGGUUAAAUUGAUGGGUACCCAUAAUAACUUUUUGCUCAAUUCCCAUUUUCUUUUCCUAAGCAUGGGCUCUGUUUAUGUGUUUCUCUAUCAAAAAUUGAUUCUCUUUGCCGACUCUUUUUGGUUCUCUGUUUCUGCUCUGUUCCUUGCUCUGUUUGGUUUCUUCAAUAGAACCAUUUUCAGGGUGAAAGCGAAUGACAGUAGUCAAACAAACAAUUCGAAUUGUUUAGAGCUCAAUUCGAAUUGUGUAGAGCAAGAGGCUGAAGCAAAGGGACCAGGACUUGAAUCGAAUUGUAUGGAGCAGGAAUCUGAAGCUAAAGAACCUGAAGUUUAUAUUACUGAAUUUAUAAAUAAAAAAGAAAAUGCUGAUUUAGAGGAAGAAGAGACACCGAAGUUCUUUUUCAAAUUUCAGUUUCAGAGUUACAGAGAGGAUUAUGAGCCAGUUGUCUCCGGUUUUGUAUCCUCUUCAAGCACCAAUAAGUAUGAGUUCUUGUCUGGGAAAGACUCUAGGCUCUACAUGGAGAAGCCAGAGGCUUUCAAUGUUACCGUAAAAGAAUUAUAUACUGAUUCUAAUGAUGGUUCUACUGGCAAUAGAGAGAUUAUCGAGAAAACGAUUUUACCUAGUGAGAAAUUUGAGGAACAGAAAUCAGAAGCAGAAUCUAUUCAUGAGGAGAGAAAAGAGAGUUCUGUAGAUAGUGCACGUAAAGAAGGGUUGACACAGAAGCUUGAGGCAGAAGCAUACGUUGAAGGGUCUAUUUCCGGGAAGGGAAUAGCAGUUGAUGUAGAGAAAGAGCACAAUGCCUGGAGUGAUCAACACGUUUCAAGAGAUGAUGGUCGGUUUCUAUCAGAGAGGGACUUCAUUGAUCCGGAUUCUCAUUCUGAUUCUGAUUCGAUUACUUCAAGCCACGAGAUUAUAAAUCGUUUUGUAGCUUCAACCAGCGAAAGCUUCUUGUCAGAUAUAGAUUUUGAAGAUGCAUUUGAACUUGAUAUUUUGGGAGACAUUGAAGGGGAGAAGGCAGAAUUAGCUGAAGAAGAUUUGGAGUUGGAGGAUAUAAAUUUGCAGAAUUUAAGUGCUGGCUAUGAACCUGAUGGAUUUGAGGACGAAGACAGUGAUAUAUUGGAAGAGCUUAAAAAUCUAGAGGUGUCCAAUAUGCAGAAUUCAGGUAACCUAGAGCCAGAAAAGUUGUCUGAGGAAAAGGAUGUUGAAGAACAAGCAGAACUCGGUUGCAAUGACAAGGAACCUGAGGAUGGUUUAGAUAAUUCAGAGGAUUCAAAUGGAUUGGAAACUUUAUGGGAACAUCAAGAGUUGAUAGAACAGCUCAAAAUGGAGCUGAAAAAGGUCAGAGCUACAGGUCUGCCUACCAUCUUAGAAGAAGACGAGUCACCGAAAAUAAUGGAAGAUUUAAAGCCAUGGAAGAUUGAUGAGAAGUUCCAGCAUGAAGAUAGAAUGGGGGAGCUUCACAAACUCUACAAGAGUUACAGAGAACGGAUGCGGAAAUUCGAUAUCUUGAAUUACCAGAAGAUGUAUGCAUUGGGCUUUCUUCAAUCAAAGGACCCACUUAAAUCAAUUUCAAGCCAUAAAGCCUCAGGACCAGCAUUGACAUCUCUUGUUUCACAGAAAUUCCUGCUAGGAAAGCGAAAAAAGUCCAGUUCUGAUCCAAUGAUGAGUUUCAUUAGAGAAUUGCAUAGUGAUUUGGAAAUGGUUUAUGUUGGUCAAAUGUGCCUCUCAUGGGAAAUCCUUCAUUGGCAGUAUGAAAAGGUACUGGAGAUAUGCGAUUCUGACCCUUAUGGGAUGCGCCAAUACAAUGAAGUUGCAGGUGAAUUUCAACAGUUUCAAGUGCUUAUGCAGAGAUUUAUAGAGAAUGAACGUUUUGAAGGUCCGAGGGUACAAAAUUAUGUCAAGAAUCGCUGCGAUUUGCGUAAUCUGCUUCAGGUUCCAGUCGUAAGAGAGGAUGGUUUGAAGGAUAAAAUGGCAAGAAGAAAAGUGAAGGUUGAUGAUGCAAUUACAAGUGAUAAACUAGUAGAGAUCAUGGAAGAAUCAAUAAGAAUUUUCUGGCAAUUUAUUCGAGCUGAUAAAGAUGCACACAAUGUGAUUCUAAAGUGUCGAAGGGGAACUCAAAUCGAGCCCCUAGAACCCACUGAACUGCAGCUUUUGACAGAAGUCAGAGCAAGUCUGCAAAAGGUCAAUUCGCUUCUCAUUCUCUUUUUUAUUUUUCUUCAUCUGUUGCUUCAAGUACUAGACAUGAUUAUUACAGUUACUUUGUUUUCUCUUGAAAUGCAGAAGGAGAAGAAGCUUAAGGACAUUUUGAGGAGUGGAAACUGCAUAUUGAGGAAGUUCCAAAAACAUCAAGAAGACAGUUCAGAGCAAGUUCUUUACUUCUUCUCACAAGUGGAUAUGAAGUUAGUGUCAAGGGUGCUCAACAUGUCAAAAAUAACGACAGAUCAACUAAUAUGGUGUGGCAACAAAUUGGACAAGAUCAAUUUUGUUAGCAGGAGGAUACAUGUAGAACCAUCAUUUUUGCUUUUUCCUUGCUGACAGUAUCUGCAGCAUCUCCCUGCAGCCACUGUAAAAUUGUUCUUAAUGUAUAUAUACAUUUCAGAGGAGCGGUUUAGAAUAUUUUUAGGCUGUAAGAAUCCCCAUGUUUUAAACUGAUCAGAAAUAUAAUAGAUAAUACAAAAAUAUCACAUUAUAAUAGAUAUCUGUUGCAAUCA